CCCUGACCUGACAUCCUCAUCAUCCAGAAACUUCUCAGAGCUGGAGCACAGCCCAAGCUGGGCAGGCAGCCCUGGAGGGACCAUCUCUGAGCAGAGUGGGAGCAGCAGCUUGCAGACUCCAGCACCUCCAGCAUGACCAGGGCAGGAAUUCUGGUGCUCCUCUCCUUCGCGCUUUGCUGCGCCCCAGAUACUGUCUUUGGGAUUGAGGUGGACUGCAGUACCUAUCCCAACACCACAAACGAGGAGGGCAAAGAGGUGCUGGUCUGCAGCGAGGCCGUCAGCCCCAUCUGCGGCUCCGACGGCGUCACCUACGGCAACGAGUGCCAGCUCUGUGCCUACAACGUAGAAUAUGGAACCAAUGUCAGCAAAGACCACGAUGGAGAGUGCAAGGAAGUUGCCCCUGUGGACUGCAGCAGGUACCCCAACUCAACCAGUGAGGAGGGCAAAGUGGUGCUGAUCUGCAGCAAAGACAUCAGCCCCGUCUGCGGGACCGACUGGGUCACCUACGACAACGAGUGCCUGCUCUGCGCCCGGAGCCUGGAGGCUGGAACCAGCAUUGGCAAGAAGGCUGAUGGUGAAUGUAAGAAGGAAAUUGUCACAGUUGACUGCAGUGACUACCCCAAACCUGUCUGCUCACUGGACUACAUGCCUCUCUGUGGCUCUGACAACACAACAUACAACAAUAAGUGUAUCUUCUGCAACGCAGUCGUGGACAGCAAUGGGACAAUCACUUUAAGCCAUUUUGGGAAGUGCUGA